AUGACUAAUUUAACACAAAAUCCUCAUCUUUUGCCGUUAAAUUACGAUGAUAACGAUCGUAAACAUAAUGAAACAGAGUCAGAUGACAGCUCAAUUAAUUCUGACAUAGAAGUUGAUGAUUUGCAACAGACAUUGAGUGAUAAUUUUGUUAAAAUUGAUAUUGGUUCAGUUAGCAGUGAUGAUGAAGAGAAUGUAACAAAAGCUAAAAAGGAUGAUGAUUUGAAGAAAUUGAACGAAAAACAGGAGGAGGAGGAGGAAAAUUCAGAAGAAGAGAAUGAUAUGAAACAAAAAAAUGAUCCAAUAACUGUAUUAGCUGCCUCAAAUUCGAUAACAACAGGAGGAGCAACAACCGCAGCUACUACCAUGACAACGAAGACAGUUCUUCAGCGUCGUCAAUUGACGGUUGAAGAAAAAUUAAAAAUUUUAUCUCAAUUGAAUAAAGAUGUUUGA